AUGACACCUACAAAGGUGAUAAAGCAUCGAUCUCAUAGCAAUUUCCACCGUUCAAUAGAAGGUAAAUCUCUUAUGGUGCAAUUUGGUCAAGCAGGGUUGAAACCUUCUCAGAUUAAAAAGGUUGUUAACACAAUGACAACCUCAAAUGUAGUUGAUGUAACUUCAAAGCAAUGUGCUGAUGUUUUAUCUGAGCAUCGAAAACAACAUAGAGGAAAGGAGUUCUAUGGACUUAUAAAACAUUUUCAAGAUAAAACAUUAGUGGACAGUGACCAGUAUUUUGUCGUGGAUUUGUCUGAUGAUGGGAAACAUGAAACUGAGCACCUUCGAUCGUAUGUUUCCCGUUACAGUGAUUUUCAAGAGGUGCAUAGAAAAUGGGUAAAUAGUGAGACCAUUGAACAAUUUGAAGCAACAUGGGAAGAUAUGCUAUUAGUUGAGUCACGAAGGGCUGCCGAAGAAGAUGAAGAUUUCAAGACUAUGAACUCGAGACCGGUUCUUUCUUCACUGCAUCCAAUCGAAGCAAAAGCAGGUCAAUUUUAUACUAGAAAGAUGUUUGAUAUUUUCAAAAAAGAAUGGAUCGAAACUAUUACCAAUUUGACUCAUGAGACUCUAACAAAAACUACAGAAGAAAGCAUAUAUAAAGUUGGGCAAUUGGAUGUUGAUACUAAAUAUUGGCGUAUCGUUACCUUUCGUUCUUUAAAUCAAGUCAGCGUCACAUGUUCGUGUUCUAUGUAUGAGACAAAUGGGAUUUUAUGCAAGCACAGCUUAUAUGUGAUGAAGAAGAAGCAUGUUCAAGAACUGCCGAGUCACUAUAUUUUUCCGCGAUGGACCCUUGAUGCUAGGUACAAACUGGGUAGUGUUAGUAUCGGACUUGGAGAAUUAAAUAAUGAAAAUGGAGUUAGUGCCUACACAUUAUUUUGUGUUCGUUCGAAUUUUACUAAACUAAUUGAACAAGCAAGGGACUCCCCUUCGGAGAUACAAAAACUAAAUACGAUAUUGAUAAGUCUUUUAGAUGAACAAGCAAACCGAAAAAAAUCUGUGUCUUUGGAGAAUACAUCUCAAAGUUCUUGUAUGGGAGUUUCGCAAGUAGAUAUGAUGCCACAAUUAUCUAUCCGUGAUCCUCUUGGUCCAACUACUACAAAAGGGCGUUCGAAACUUGCAAGUAGAAUCAAGUCUUCUUUAGAGGCCCCUAAAGAACGAACAUGCUCUUACUGUCAAGGAUUGGGUCAUUAUGCUACUAGUUGUUCAAAAAGAAAGAUGGAUGAAUUGUUGCAAGAGACAUAA